ACGAUCCCUUUCUCGAUCGAUCAAUGCAGCUAUGUCUUGCUUCCCUUUCGAUUGAAUUUCGCUUUUCCCUGCUUCCAAUUCCUGGUUUCUGAUCCGUUCUCUGCUUCAAUUUUUACUGCGACUUCGGAAAAACCCUAGUUUGCUUUUUUGCGUGAAUUGGGGAUUCGGGUGGCAGAUUUUAUGUUGUUUAUUUUAUUAAAAGAAUUCAUCUUUUUGUGUAGUUUUUUGAAUGUUGAAUUGGUUGAAUUCUGUUAUGUAAAGUGGUUGAUUUUGGGUUUGUUUCUUUAAUUUUUCUUGGUACAGAGUUUUUAGUUAUUUGGGUUUUAUCUGUGCUUGUUUUCCUGGAAAAUAUUUUGGAUAAGGAAAUAAAGCUUAAUUUUGUACAUUUUUUUCUUGUUAAGCAUUGAUUGUUCUGGAUACAAGUCAAAGGAAAGCUUUUGGUCAACUGUUAUUUUGGCUCAUUUCAACUGCUUUAUCCAUCUGGCUACCGAAACAAGUGAGAUAUGCUAUCCCGUGUGGUCUAACGCUGGAUUUUAUUUAUGAAUGUGGGUUUGUGCGUACUUGUCUAUAAGAAUUUAUUUAAACCCUGAAAACAAGGUGUUCUAAAGAAAUUCAGUUUGGACAAAUUGGACAUGUGUUUGUUUAAUUAAUGAGUAAUGGCGGGAAGUGUGAGAUUUGAGUCAACUUCGGCUAGUCCAGAAGAUUUGGGUUUUACUGGGAGUUAUUCUAAUGUGCAGAGGGGAGGUUACCUCAAUGCCAGCUUAGAUAGGUCUGGAAGCUUCCGUGAGAGUGGUGAGACUCGAAUGUUUAGUUCUGGUGCUAGUACACCCCGGGCCAGCACUGCAUUGAUAGGAGAUUUGCCUCCUAUAGCUCAGUAUUUGACAAUAGAUCCUAUUACUAUAGAAAAUCAGAGAUAUACUAGGUUAGGUGAAUUGAGGAGGGCUUUGGGAAUUAUAUCAUUUGGAAGCACAGGUGAAGACAAUUCAUUUGGGGCUGCUCAUUCAAAGCCUGCCCCUUCUGUGGCUACAGAGGAACUGAAGCGGUUCAAAGCAAAUGUGCAAGAUGGCUCUAACAAAGCAAAGAUUAGGAAAAAGAUGCUUGAAGAAUCCUUGCAAAAAUUGAACAAGUAUUGUGAUAUUGUAAGCUCAAAGAAACAACGGAAUGAGAUGAUUACUACAGAAAGAUCAGUUGGGUUGAAUUUGUUGAAGAUGGGCUCCCCGAGUUCACGGAACCCUGCUGAACCUGCGAACCAAAAAUUGGAGGAAAGGACUAAGAAUGUCAUUCUCAAUAAGCGAGUUCGCUCUUCAGUUGCAGAAAUAAGGGCUGAAGGCCAAACUAAUAACCUUGCAAAGCGGUCGAUCAUAGGAAAAGAUAGGGAUAUGCUUAGAGAUUGUGGCGAAGGAUCUCAUAUUGUUGAUGAAAAGAUCCGAAGAUUGCCAGUUGGAGGGGAGACAUGGGACAGAAAAAUAAAAAGGAAACGUUCUGUUGGUCCUCUUCUUGGCCGACCCCUGGAUGAUGGAGAGCCCAAGCGAGCUAUGCAUCAUAAGCUGAACAAUGAUCAGGGUUCAACAUCUUGUGAUGCCCAAAUUUUUAGGCCAGGACCAUUAAAUGGCAUCAACAAGUUUGAUGGUGCUUCCUUGUGUGCUAGCUCAAAUGGCCGUGCAAUUUUUAAGAAUGAACUUGACAAGGUUUCUCUUUCAAGGGAUUCAAUUCCUGGCUUAAGUAAGGAGCGACUCAAGGGGAACAUUAAGUUAAAUGGUCGUGAGGAUAAUCAAAUACUUGGAUUGACAAAAGGGAAAGCUUCAAGGGCACAGCGAAGCGGCCCUGUUGUUUCAGGAAAUUUAUCUCCUAAUUUUCCUCGCACCUCUGGAUCACUGGAGGGUUGGGAACAAGCAGGAAAUGUGAACAAAACUCAUUCAGUAAGUGGCGCUAACAAUCGCAACCGACCUAUCCCAACAGGAUCUUCGUCCCCUCCCAUGGCAUGGGUUGGUCAGAGACCCCAAAAAAUUUCCCGCACUAGACGAUCAAAUUUAGUGUCUCCCGUCUCAAACCAUGAUGAAGUACCGGCAUCACCAGAAGCCUGUUCUCCUUCUGAUUUGGGCACUAGAUUAACCUUUUCUGCUACCAAUGGGUCUCUUGGCAGGAGCAUAUGUAAUGCUGCCCUGCAAUAUAAACCAAAGCACGAUAAUAUGUCAUCUCCUUCCAGAUUAUCUGAAAGUGAAGAUUCUGGUGCAGCAUGUGAAAAUCGUGAAAGUAGGUUUAAGGAGAAAGGAGCAGUAAGCAGUGAGGUAGAGGAUGGAGGUGUAAAAGCCUUUCAAAACACUGUUCCUUCAACAUUGCUUACAAAGAAAAGUAAAAUAACUAUUAAAGAAGGAACUGGAGAUAGUGUGCGCAGACAAGGAAGAAGUGGUCGGGGAUCAUCAUUUCCCAGGAUUAAUAUUUCACCAGUGAAGGAAAAGUUGGAGAAUUUAGCCUCAGCAAAGCCAAUUAAAAGUUCAAGGCAUAAUUCUGAAAGGAGUGGCAGCAAGUCAGGACGGCCCCCUCUAAAGAAAUUUUCAGAACGGAAAGCCAUUGCUCGUCUUGGACAUACAAGUGCCACUUGCUCUCCUGAUUGUGCAGGUGAACAAGAUGAUGACCGUGAAGAACUCUUAGCAGCUGCAAGUUUUGCUUGUAAUGCGAGCAAUCUUGCCUGUUCUGGUCCAUUCUGGAAGAAGAUGCAACCAAUAUUUGCUCCUGUCAACUUAGAGGAGAUAUCUUACCUAAAGGAGCAGCUGAACUUUAUGGAGGUGACUUAUGAACGCCUGUCUCAGAUAUUUGACCUUCGCAAUAAUGUUAUGAAUUAUCAUGUGCGUGAAGAGAACCUUGAGUCUCAGGUUCAUGUAUCUGAAGGAAAAGAGAGAAGUUCGCCCGAUCAAGUCCUGGGCAUGGACACUGUAGGUGAGAAAUUAAAUUUGGAAAGUAAGAAUAUGCCUCCGCUGUACCAAAGAGUAUUAUCAGCUUUGAUAAUGGAAGAUGAGAUGGAAGAAUUUGAAGAAGAGUGUGGAGCAAGAGUUGCAUGUUUCCAGCAAAAGGAUGAAUUUUCUCCUGAUGCUGGUUCUAACCAAGGCAUUGUUGGGUUUGAGUUUGAAGGUCAAUCCAUUUUUUCUCCUCAAACAUUACAGCAGUGUGCUGUUGACUUGCUCUCUUGUAAUGGUAGUGGUAAUGUAGCUAAGAGCAUAAGCACAAGUGUACAUAAUCAAUUACUUAGAAACAAUGUAUUGACUGGAGAUCAUGAAGUUACACAUUUGGAUAAUGGGUCAUUUACUGAGUUUUCUGAAGAGGUGAUUGGUAGACCUCCUUCAUUAUAUGCAAAUGCUUCUGGAGUUUCACCUUUAGAUUGCUCAUAUGAGAAAAUGCGUAUUGAGGACAAGCUCUUGCUGGAGUUGCAGAGUGUUGGCAUAUAUCCAGAGAUAGUGCCUGAUCUAGCUGAAGGAGAUGAUGAAGCAAUUACUUCUGAUAUCCUUGGACUGCAAAAACAUCUUUUUGAACAGGUUGGUAAAACAAAGGUGCAGCUGAAAGCAAUCAUUGAAGCAUUGGAGGGAGGCAAGGAGGAAGAAAAACGGGGACUUGAGCAGGUUGCAAUGGAAAAACUUGUUGAAUCUUCUUACAAAAAAUUGCUGGCCACUCGAGGAAGUCUUGCUACAAAACUUGGGGUUGCAAAGGUUCCAAAACAAGUAGCUGUGGGUUUUAUGAAGAGAACUCUUGCUAGAUGUCGGAGAUUAGAAGAUACUGGAAAAAGUUGCUUCAGCGAGCCUGCACUUCAGGAUGUCAUCUUGGCUGUGCCUCCUCAUGAAAAUGAUCCAGAGGUGGUGAGUCGCCUAGGGUCAACAACGAAGCUGCCACAUGAAACUCGGAAUUCUCAACUGGAGCCCAGAUUGUCAGGUUCUUUGUCUGAUUGGGCUGAGCAGUAUGAUCCUCACAAUAAAGUUGACAAUAAUUCUUCUAAUUUAUUUGGAGGUCUUACCGCCUCUGAGAAGGAUUUUGCCAAAACUGGAGCUAUAGUUAACAGAGGGAAAAAGAAGGAAGUGUUGCUUGAUGAUGUUGGUGGCAUCCCUUCCUUGAAAGUCAAGUCAAAUUUUGGUAAUAAUUUAUUAGGUGGAGUGAAAGGUAAAAGAAGUGAGAGAGAGCGGGACAAAGAUACAUCUGCCAGAAACUCUGUUCCCAAAGCUGGUCGUCUGUCAUUGGGUAACUCUGAACGGAAAACAAAAACGAAGCCAAAGCAGAAGACAGCUCAGCUAUCAACUUCAGGAAAUGGAUUAAUUAGCAGUAUGCACCCUUCUGCUGCUUUUGGUGAAAUUCCUGGCAACGGUGGCAACAGAAAAAGUGAAACUGGGUUGAUGCAACAUGGUAACAGUGCCGAUGAACAACUUAUAGAGAAGAGGGAUCCUGUUGAUUUUAUGAAUUUACAGUUGCAUGAAUUAGACCCCAUAGAAUUAGGCGUAGUCAAUGAACUUGGGGGGCAUCAAGAUCUGAGUACUUGGUUGAACAUUGAGGAGGAUGGCUUACAAGAACAUGAUGCAAUGGGCCUUGACAUACCUAUGGAUGAUCUGUCAGAGUUGAAUAUGAUUCUAUGAGGACAACAUAUACUGUAUAUUUUCUUGAUUAUUUGACAUUUCAGAUAAAAAUAGAUAGUGCUAUUGUCAGAGGACAACAUGCUGAUUAAGUUAUGCGUCUGACAAUAGGCAUUUGUAAUUAUGGUCAUUCUUUUUGUAGUAUACUCGCCUAAAAAAGUUAAAAAGAAAUCUCAAUCAAUUGUGUCAUCAA